AUGACAAGCCUAAUUUACCACCUUUUGCUCGUUGCAGUUGUGUUCGACUCUCUUCAACUCGUCAGCGGUUACAGCUUUAACAACUGCAUUGCAAAGCCACACUUGAAUGGACAAAGUUUCAUCUGUGUGCGCCGAAAUGAGAAGGAGCUGACUGCCAUUGUAAAAGACCUUCUGCCCUCUGCCGUUCACGUCGUAGUCUCAGUUAAUCCUAUAAGGCGUGUACCUAACUGCAGCUUUGCCCAUCUACCAAAACUUCUGUCCCUUCAACUGGAUCGCAACAACUUGAUGAUCAUUGAUGAACUGGCUUUCCAGAACUUGCAUCAACUUAACAAACUUAAUUUGUCCUACAACAACAUAUCACAACUCAGUCCUUUUGUGUUUCAGGACCUAUACAACCUCACCUCCCUCUCACUGACACAUAACAAAUUGAAGCAGCUCCCUGUCAACGUUUUCUCAAACAUCCCCAAUCUAAACACUUUAAUAAUGGGCCAAAACCUUCUGAAAAAUUUCUCUGUGAUAGCACAGUCUGUGUCCCACUUAACAAAUCUGCAGAUACUAGAUCUUUGCUUUAACAAUUUGACCUCUCUCACACACUCAAAUGGAUCAUUGCCAAAAUCCCUCACUAUGUUAUACGUGUGUGAAAACCAACUGACAACUUUAGGAUGCCACCAUUCAUUUCUUAGCCAUAUCAAGCUGCUGGAUUUGUCGUACAAUGGUAAACUUUCCUCAGCAGCUUUUGAAGGAACUGAUUUGAGCAAAAUAGAAUAUUUGCGUUUGCGUUCAACCGAUGUCAAGGUCAAGGAGCUUCUGAACAUCAGCAAUGUCAAUGUAGGUCAUGUCGACUUCUCUGGAAUGGGUCUUAUAAAUAAUAGUCUGUUGUUAGAGCUGUGCAGAUUAUUGAAGGGAAAAGUUGAAAAAAUAAAAAAUUUACACUUGUGCAAUAAUGGAAUUAGGUCCAUAGCAAAUUACACGCUGAAUGAUUGUCCGACAAUCAUGGGGACUGUUGAUCUAUCCCACAAUAGCCUGAAAAACACGAGUCGUCUCACGUUUCUUAGCAGACAGAGUCAUCUUAAAAACUUCACUGCAGAGCACAAUAAUCUCAAGUCACUUCCAUCCUGUAAAAUGGAAAACGCACCAUACUUCCCACAUCUGGAGAUGCUGAGCUAUCGUUACAAUCGCAUCCUUACAGUUGGCUUAUAUGCUUUCUAUCAUACACCAAACGUUAGGACUCUAAAACUUAACAUAAAUACAAUUGCAUUUCUCCACCGCAAAGCUCUUAGAGGACUAACAAAGCUCGAGACACUUUAUUUGGACAAUAAUCUGUUAACAGACUUGUUCAAUGACACCUUUGAGGACAAUUCAAACCUGCAAGCCCUGCACCUACGCAACAACCGCAUUUGUGUCAUUUUCAAUGGGACAUUCUUCAGGCUCAGCAAUUUGACUGUCUUGGAUUUGGGGGGCAACACAAUCACUCAUUUUGAACCGUCUGGCCUUGAUGGUCUGAGAAGUUUGUCAAAACUCUAUCUCGAUGGAAACAAACUCAAACAGAUUGACAGUGCCCAAUAUCAUGUGUUCCAAGCCACACUUACCAUGCUGGAUUUAGCAAAUAAUAACAUUUGCUUUCGCACUGAAACAAGCAUUUCACCAUUUCAGAAUUUCAGUAAACUCAGCAAUCUAUCAUUGAGUGCGCAAAUGCCAUAUGGCAUGACAUUAUUACCUCCGGCUUUCUUCCGUGGCCUCCACUCACUGACAUCUCUCUAUCUCACCAACAAUGAAAUAUUGCGCCUUGCUCCUGAUGCCUUUGAUGAUCUGGUCAACUUAAAUUUCCUCACACUGGAAAACCGCUGUAUGGGGGUGGCACAAUUACAGCCUGGAAUUUUUAAAAAUUUGAGAAAUCUUAGUAUUUUAGUAGUACAAAAUAUGGGCAUUCAGAACUUCUCAAAGGAGGUUUUUGGAAACCUCACACAGUUGCAUACAUUACAGCUCAACCACAACGUAAUGCAGAGCAUUGAGGUAGAAGCAUUAGACAGUCUGCCAAACCUCCAGUACCUUGAUAUACGCAAUAUUCCACUAAUUUGUACCUGUCAAAACAGACGGUUACAAAAUUGGACAUUAAAUAACCAGAAUGUCCAGGUUAUCUAUCUUUAUAAAUUGCCAUGCCCACAUGACAAAUUCUACAACUUUGAUAUCAAUGUUUGUUACAUAGAUCUAGGGCAUUACCUGUUCUUCACCACUGCAGCUGUGAUCUUCCUCUUCACAGUCAUCCCUUUGGUGUACGUCAAACUGUACUGGAGAAUGAAGUACAGCUAUUAUGUGUUCCGUGCCUGGUUUAGUGAGCAGUGGCGUAGGCUAAGAGAGGAGGAGGAAAACUGCAAAUAUGAUGCAUUUAUUUCCUACAAUUCCUCUGAUGAAGACUGGGUGAUGAAUCAGCUGCUACCAAACCUGGAGGGAAAAGGAUGGCCAUUUAAGCUUUGUCUUCAUCACAGGGACUUUGAGCUGGGCCGUGAUAUUGUAGACAACAUCGUAAUGGCUGUAUAUAGCAGCCGCAAAACUAUUUGUGUUGUGAGCAGGAACUUUCUUCAGAGUGAGUGGUGUUCUCUGGAAAUCCAGCUGGCCAGCUACAGACUGUUUGACGAGCACCGGGAUGUUCUCCUGCUCGUCUUUCUGGAGCCCCUGUCAGAGAGGCAGGUAUCAUCAUACCACCGCAUGAGGAAGGUCAUGCUAAAGAAGACGUACCUGCAGUGGCCCGGCUCAGACUGCACAGACCUGGUUCCAGCUCAACAACUGUUUUGGAAUCAGUUACGACAGGCGAUGAGGAAGGACAGCAGACUCGAAGAAGAAAGUAACAGUGAAGGUCAUGAGGAAAAUGAUCAAUUUGCAUAUCAGCUAACAGAUCAAAACUACUUGCUGCCUUAAUAUUUUAACAAGUGAAUUAUACAGGAUUUUCUGCUACAGUGCAAAGCAACGCAGAGAUGCAACAAUUUUCAUAAUCAACUCACUUGUAAACUAUCUUGUAAUUAAUCACUCAAUGAACUGUAAUUGCAAAAUAACAGCGCCCAUCAUACUUUGCUAAAACCCAAGCUGAAGUGUUUAAAUAAUUGUCAUGAUAAUGAUAUAA